AUGGUCUCCGGGAAGACUAUCGCCGACUUCUUCGUCGGGGAUGGGCGAUCGACGGGGGCCACGAUCCUGGGGAAGAGGAGCAGGCGCGACGGGCCUGGGAUGGGUCGCUUUGAGGGGCGUGGAUCGGAGGGCGCCGGCGCGGACGAUCGGCCGAGGCCGGGGCCGCACAUCAAGACCUACUUCUCGAAGAAGGCCGCCGCGAGAGCAUUGUCUUGUGGGGCUGUCCAAUCGACCACCACUCCUGGGUCGGACGCCAAGCGUGCCAAAUCGAGACGGUUGGUGUCGGACGUCGGGCCAUCCGUGGCGGAGGGUCCCACACCACAGAGGCUUGUGCAGCUGCACCUCGACUUUGGUCAGAAAGAUUUCGAUUCAAAGCAGUGCCGUGUCUGUGGGAUGAGAUAUGCCAUUGGCAUCAAAGAAGAUGAGGACGUGCACAGGCGAUUUCACACCGAAAAGUUGGAAGGGGUAAAGUUCAAGGGUUGGGCCUCUGAGCGCAUGAUCUGGCAAGACAGGGGCCAGGAAAGGGUGGUGAUCGUCACCCCAGAGGAUCCUCCUUUGCACUGGUGGAAGGUCCAAGAUGUGUGCCAUCUGAUUGAGGAAGACCUUGGGACACCCAAGGACUGGAUACUAAAAAAUGCCAGCAAGGUGUUUUUGUACAUCGCAGAUCAGCGAGUCAUUGGGUGUGCUGUUGUGGAGUGUGUCACCCAAGCAUACAGGGUGGUGCUCUCGGGUGGCUGCCAAAGCCCGGCCCCGGCCGCGUCUCGCGUCAUGGGCUCGACGCCUAUGACGCCUUCCUCCUGCCCCGUCCCCGCAUCCCCCACCGGCCCGCUGAGCAUGACACCCAUGAGCUCCUCAGCCUCCGUGCGGGCCGCCGGCGACGAAGGCAACGCGGAUGGUAGCUCAGACCGUCCCGCCUUGCGCAGGCCCCUCGCAUGCACGCCACAAGAAGCCGGUGCAGGCCAACAGGACCGCAGCGCUGAUCGCAACGCAGGGCGUGACACUCCACGCAGAUCCCCUGCGUCCACGGCCGAGGAGGUCGACUCCGUGAGCGGCGCCUACGGUCCGCUCGGUCCCAUGCCUCGACCGGUCGAGACGCAUUGCGCCGAUGCAGACAACAACGGUGGGGAUGGGCCCAACCGCCAGCCCCGUGGAUCAAUCUUCAACGUGCGGACGCCGGCAAAAUCGGGGCUCCUGCGCACUGCGGGGCCCGCCGGGCGGGGGCGGCGCGGCCCGGCUGAUCGCGGCGUCUUGAUGCUCGACAAGAGCCGGCCCGUGCGUGUGAGUUGCGGCGUGCGCGCGAUGUGGGUGUGCCUGCGCCACAGGCGGCGGGGCGUGGCCAGCAGGCAGCUGGACGCCGUACGCGGCCACGCCUUGUUCGGCUACGUCGUGCCGCGACGCGAGCUGGCGUUCACGCAGCUCACGGAGGAGGGGCGGCGACUUGCGGAGGCGUAUCUUGGCGACGCGCCCAUGUGCGUUUACGAGUGA